AUGAAGGUCUCUUCUUCCGUUGUCAUUCUGGCGGCCGCCCUCGGCGUCUCUGCCCACCCCAGCGGCCACGCUCACCAGCGUGCUCACGCCAAGCGCGACUUCGUCGUUGCCAACAAGCCCGUCACCGUUGUUGAGUACGCUACUCAGGUCGUCACCGCCGACGCCGCCCCUGCUACCGCUGUCCCUGAGGCUCCCGCCUCUCCCAAGGUCGAUGCCGACACCGUCCCCAAGGCUGCCACCAGCGCUCCCGCCGCUGUUGCUUCCACUCCUGCCAAGUCCAACAAGAACAAGGGCAAGAAGCACAACUCCAGCUCCAGCUCCGGUUCAGGUUACAAGGCUUUCUGCGGUGGCAAGAAGGCCAAGCGUGCCACUCUCGAGGACAUUGCUUCCGUUGGCAACACUGGUGUUCCCGGUGACUUUGGCUGCAACAUCAUGAGUGUCGAUGCGGAUGUCGCCGACAAGUACGACUACACUGUCACCUUCAACAACGACCACGAUGGCGACAAGGAGUGUGCUUGCUGGAACAAGAUCGGACCUGAUGGCAAGAUCGACGGUUUCUUCGCCCAGAACGUUGCUCUGGAGUUUACUGUUGCCGCCUCCAGCUCGCAAGUUGUUGCUUUCGACAGCGACUCCCAGGGUGGCUGCGCUUGUGCCACCGGUAAGGUCCCCACCACAAAAGACAACCUGUGGGCCGGUACUUGGCUCGAGUUCGACUUCGGCAGCACACGAAACAAGAACUGGUCUGGCGCUGACGCCUCUUGCCUUGUCUCUGCCGCCGCAAAGCUCGACAUCCCCGGUCUCCGAGUCUGCGACACCUCCGACAACACUUGCUCUACCAUCAACCCCGGUGGCACUGGCGAGAACGCCUACCUCGGUGGCAUGGAGGCUGAGGACGGCAUUGGCAUCAACACUCCCGCCAAGCAGGUCCGCCUCACCGUCGACAUUGACUACUCCGCUUAA